AUGCAAGUCAGCAGUGGUGAUGAAGAAGAACAACUCCACCAGGAGGUUAGCCUGCCGCCACGCUCGCAAAUGGCACCGGGAACAACAGCCACAAAGAGGCGUCGUCGUUUGAGCUCCUCCAUCGGAAAUCCACCACUUCCCACUCUUCCAUUCGAUCUUGUGUUAGAAAUUCUCUAUAGGCUUCCGGUGGUUGCCUUUUCUUCCACAUACCAUAAUGGGGUUUCUGAUGUCCAAACUCAUGUGCAUACUUCGGGUACCAAUUUUUGGAGAAGGAUUCAGAAUUGUCCUCGCAAUCUUUAUAAAGAAUCAGGAAAAUUUGUCGGUGGAACUCUUUAUUUGUUACCAUAUGAUCAUUUGAGUAUUGUUUCUCUUGAUUUGGAGAAGGAGUCUUAUCAAGAGCUAUUUCUUCCUGAUUAUAGAUCGACGUAUGUGUUCCGUAAAUCCUUAUGUGUGUUGAAGGAUUGCUUGUGCAUACUUUCUUCUCAUAUUGGUUGUUCUUCAGAGGUUUGGCUUAUGAAGGAGUAUAUAAAUAGUGAAUCUUGGACUAAAUUGUUCCAUGUUCCACCACUAAUAGAAGGUGUUGGUUCUGUUAUUUAUGAGAGGGCUCUUUAUGUUUAUGAGAAUGAUCUAGUGCUGUUGGUUGUUUACAAUUCUAGAGAUGGAACUUUUAAGAGUCUUAAAAUUAAAAAACAACACGGUGGUUCGAAAUGGAUGAUUCCAGAAGUCUUUCAAGAGAGUUUGAUAUAUGUUAUGUUAUGCAACAUGGGAUUCAGGCAUAUAAAGAACUCAUCUGAAUUGCAACUUUAG